AUGGCAUGGGUGUUCGAAAUCGCGGGACCUGCUGCAUCGUGCACGUAUUGCUUUAACGACACGACAUUGGUGCCGCUUCUUCCCUUAUGCUUCCGCGAACCGGGCGACCCUGCGCGACGGUGCCACUCUAACAAAGGCUCGCCGCUUCCCUUUGAGCUGGAAGUGGAGGUCAUGUCUCGAGCAAUGCCCAUUGUCGCGGUGAUUUCGGAACUGAGCAUCUCGGAGUUGCUGGUCUUUCUGACUGGCUACACCAUGGACCUCGGGAAGAUGGCUUUCCUUGGCUUUUUGCACGACAACCACCUCGGGAAUCUGCUGGUGGUGACAAGCCUAACGGGUGCAAAGAAGAUAACCUGGCAUGACUUCGGCACUCGAAGCUACUUUCACAGCAGGUGA